AGUCAUUCGUAAACAAUCCCUUGUACCUUGACAUUAGUUGGAAAGUUGUCAGGCCUCUUCUUUCUUAUUGGAAAAUUCAUUUUUAACAAUUUUUUUAUAAAUUUACAAAAAAUGGCGCCCCAACAAAAGGGUAAACAAGGCACAAAAGGAGCCAAACAAAUUGUCGAAGAGAACAAGUCCACCUUGGUUUUCUACAGGAAUAUGGCAUUGGGCAGUGCUGCAGCCUCAAUCCUGGUGAAUUGUAUAUUCUUUGAAAUUGGAAAAGUGACCGUGAUUAUGAGCAUUUUGUCGUUGUUGACCUUGGGUGCAGCAUAUCAAUUCAUGGCAUUCAUGUCCAAGGCUAAAUAUUCGGAGACCGGAGCUUUAUUGGAUUCGGGUAACGAUUUGAACAUGGAGGGUGGCAUAGCUGAAAAUGUCAAGGACUUGAUUAUACUCACAUCGGGAACAAUGUUGCUCUCCAUGAUAUCCAAUUAUUUCUGGUUCCUUCUGCUCUUGGCUCCCCUCCGGGCAUUGUAUAUGUUGUGGGGUAGUGUUAUUAAGCCCUGGUUGGCCCAAAAGAACGAAGCCCAAGAGCCGGAAGUUAAUGAAAAGAAACAACGCAAAUUGGAACGUAGAAUGCGUCGCCAAAGAUGAAAAGCCUGCGGUGCAAAUGUUCUUUUUUGACAUUAGGUAUAGCUACAUGUUUUCCUAUAUACAUACAUAUAUUGUUGUAAUUAAGAGAUUUAAGAGAUUUUA